CCUUUCACCAAUCUCAAAACACGUCGCAACCUCGGGAACAUGUACCGUACAUUUCUUAUUCAUGCGAAAUGUUUUCAAAACACGGUGAGAUGUGCUGUAAGAUCGGUGUGAGAAGCGCCCAGUGAGGAACAAAUCCGGAUUCGGUGCAAUUUGGGGACAAAACUAAUUUUCCACGUGUGAUAUUCCGAUUCCAAAUCUACUUCUGUGAAGUCGGUGUAAGGCAUGCCCUUGUACUGGAAUGAUCCGAUUAAGCAGACCCGUUCCCCCUCUUUUAUAUAAUAUAUGGAGGGAAUGACGGGUUGAGCGACGGGCGACGGAGUUUCAUCACCGAAAAAUUUCUCAUCGGCAACAGAGGCAAGCAGAGCCAGGACGGCUGGCCAAGAGAACCAAACCACAUCUCUCUGCGAAUUGUGAAAUAAUACCAAACCCUAACCCUCAACCGCUCUCUGCGUGCAUCGUCCGCUAUGGACUGAUCUCUCCCGUCUUUUUCUCUAUGUACGUGGAAGAUGUCUCUGCGCCAGGGUCCCCAGAAUUCAUGUACUUAGAAUCAGAACUGGUGGAAGAAAAGUAGGAAACCCUAGAUAUUUUCGAUAACCUGAAAUCCUCGAAGAGUGAAAGCUUCUCGCCGUGUUUGCUUACAGUUGAUUUCUGGGUGAACUCCAUAGGUGGUGAGCAUGUCAACUCCUGCAAGGAAGAGAUUGAUGAGGGAUUUCAAGAGGUUGCAACAAGAUCCUCCUGCAGGCAUUAGUGGUGCACCUCAAGACAACAAUAUAAUGCUUUGGAUUGCCGUUAUAUUUGGCCCUGAUGACACUCCUUGGGAUGGAGGCACAUUUAAGUUGACACUCCAGUUUACAGAGGAUUACCCAAAUAAGCCACCAAUCGUGCGUUUUGUUUCUCGAAUGUUCCAUCCAAAUAUCUAUGCCGAUGGAAGUAUCUGUUUGGAUAUUCUACAGAACCAAUGGAGUCCAAUAUAUGAUGUAGCAGCUAUACUUACGUCUAUCCAGUCUCUGCUUUGUGACCCAAACCCAAAUUCACCCGCGAACUCAGAAGCGGCACGGAUGUUUAGUGAGAACAAACGCGAGUACAACAGGAGAGUUCGUGAAAUUGUUGAACUGAGCUGGACGGCUGACUAGCAAUUUUGGUUUGGAUGCUUUGGACUUGGAUGCCUUUUAUUAUAUUGACAUUUAUAAACCGUUGAAUUCAAAAUUCCCUUUGACUUGAAUCAUGCCAUUUUGCUUCCAUUUCAAGGAUGGGGUGUUUGGCCACUUAGUCGAUUUCCAAUAAACUUGGCACGUUUCUUAUCCUUGAGAAGAGUUUAUGUAUAUAGAGCAUCAUGUGUAUUCAUUUGCGUUAAUUGUCAUCAGUUCACUUACAUGCAUCUGCAUGAUGAUCAUGAUUGUUAA